CUGACACCCAGUGUGCACAGCCUAGCGAGGAGAAAGAAGGAGGCGGAGAAAAGAGGUGCAGGCGCCGGCCGCCGCCGCCGGAGCACGGAUGCCAGAGUUGCGAUUGGAGAGCGGGGAGCGACCGCUGUCCUCGGACAGGAGCCAGGCGGGCCCCUGUGGGAAGGAAGGAGGGAAAGGAUAAUGUCACUGCUGCUGCUGCGGCUGCCAGCCCGGGAUCCCGAGGAGGAGUCGUGACUCGAGCCUGCCAUGGACCCGAAGGCGGGCGGGGGCGAGGAGGAGGAGGAUGACUGUGUGGACUCGGGAGCUGAGACCGGAGGGUCAGACUACAGCCAUAUGUCCUCUACUAGCAGUGAGCUUUCUGUGGAAGAUACCCAAGAUCCCUUCCUUGUCAGUGUCCACGUUAUCACAGACCCAGGUGAGUCCAAAGCCCUCCAGGAAGCCAUUGACAAGGUAUUGGCUUGGGUCCACCCAGAUCUCCAGCUCUUCCGUGUGUCUGAAAGAAGAGUGGCUCGGAAGCGGAAGAGGCAGAACAAGGCUUCCCAGCCAGCCCUUGCUGUCGUUCUCUUCCUACAGGAGGAAUAUGGAGAAGAGCAGAUUUUAGAGCUCCAUGAAACUUUCCAGAGGCCACCGUGGCACUACCACCACACGGAGCGGGUGCAUGGCAGGUUCCUCCCCUACCUCCCCUGCAGUCAGGAUUUCUUCACCCUGGCCCCAGGAACCCCACUGUGGGCCACUCGUCCAGUGCAUUACGGGAAAGAAAUUGUCCGGUUCACUAUCUACUGCCGCCAUGAGAACUUUGCUGACAUCUUGAAGCUCUAUGAGCUGAUCCUGAAAAGGAACCCAAGUCAGAGGAAAUCAGACUUCUGCAUUUUCCCCAUUUACUCAAAUCUGGAUGUGGACAUCCAGUUCUCUCUGAAAAGACUCCCCAGUGGUCAAACUCCAGUGCCCACUGAUUCCUCCGUGCUAGAGUUCCGAGUGAAGGACAUUGGUCAGCUCGUCCCUCUUUUGCCCAAUCCCUGUAGCCCAAUAAGUGAAGGAAGAUGGCAGACAGAAGAUCAUGAUGGGAACAAGAUCCUUUUGCAGGCACACAGUUUAUAUAGAAAGUCUAGAACCAGCAGGCUUCACUGCUUCUCAGAGAAGGCUUCUUCCUCCAUCCCUUCAUCUUGCUUCAUCCCUCGGAGUCGCACCCUCAGCAGCAGCCAGCAGCAGCCGUUCGGUGGUCCAGCCAACGGGCUCCCCAACCCCGACCUAGCCCGUAGGGAUCGGGGAGGACGGACUCAAAGAAAUGCUCAGUCCCCUCCCUGGUCAUUCCAGAGGAGCAAGUCAUUGUUUUGUCUGCCCACCGGAGGUGCCAUCCUUGCCCCUGACUCUUUGCCCUUGGCUGACCCACUCUGGGGGGUCAAAAGGGACUCCCCAGCAGAAGAGCCAUCAGAGCGGAAACAGAACCCCAAGCUAUCUAUGGAUGACCUGGAAGAUGCCCAGGAAACGGAUGUGGACACGGGCCUAAAACUCUCCUUCUCAGAUCUGUCUGUGGUCUCAGCCUACUCGGCUCCUAGUGGGUUUUGCAAUAAUUUGGAAACUUACCUUCCCUCAAGAAAAUGUCAUCCCCCUCAGCCAAAGCAAGGAGCUUCCAAUGGAAGGCCACUGUCUGCUUCAAGCACCCCACCAGCCGAGGCUUCCUGCACUUCCCUUUCCUGUCUUACUGAGGGGUCAUCCAGCUCUCCCCCAUCAUCUCCCUUUGCAUCCUCCUCCACACUCAAGGAGACCUCUGAGCCCCCCGCUGCCCAUUCUCCAGAAGACAGAGGGACCAGGGACAGCCCCCAACCACUUGCAGAGUCCUCUAGACCCCCAACUCAUGAAAUAGAAGAGUUCUACAUCUGAAUUUUCCCUUGCUGUCGCCCCAUCCUUGGACUCUCAAAAAGUCUCACCCACCCUUGUCUCCACAGUGCUGCUGAGUUAAAAAUAUUGCGAGUAUUUAUGUAGCAACAUCUGGAAAUGAAUCCCUUGCCCUGUUUCUAAGAAAUUCAUAACCUUUGUGAUAUAAUCGUUACUUGUUAGCAGAGAGCUGUUCUCUUUCCAGAGACAGUAGAGAAGCAGUGACGUUAAGCCAAUAUUGUGUAUCUUUAAAUUGCAAAAUAUUGUUUUAAAAAGAGACUCAACUUACAGACAUAAUUUAUUACUUGCAUCUUUUUACCACUUGAAAUGGACAAAAAUAAGCCAACCUAUGUAAUUAUGGUUUGAUAAUUUUUACAAUUAUGAAGGCAAAAUAAUUAAAGCCAGGAUGCUGAAAUUUGAAAAAAGUGGAAGAUGCUUUAUUACUUUCAUAAAAAAUAUGCAAAAUACUUCAUAUAUGAUAUAAUGAAUAGCAUUAUUCACAUGAUUAGAGUGAAUACAACUUCAUAUAUUAUUAUGAUGAAAUAUCAUAUUCUGUAUCUUGUUAAAGAUCUACAAAAACUCUUUCUGUUAACCAGAAGAGAUUUUAUGGAUCUCUAACAAGGUAAAUAUUUGUAAAUUCAAUCAUCAAAAAACACCUGGGUAACACAGAUGUAGGUGCCUACUUAUUCAUAGCAUACCUCACUUAAGAAAACCCAAUAUAUGGGGAAAAUUAGAUUUACAGAUGUCAGAUUGUCUACUUAAAAAAAAACAAUUUUUUUUGCUCAUGAAAAGAUUUACAACAGGAUUCCUUUUAGUCACACUGCCUUAGCACAUUUAAAAUGUGACUUGCUUCACAAAAUUUGAAUUUGCUUGAGUCUUUCAGGAAUAUAUACCUACUAUGUAAAAGGAAGCAUAGUAGUGAUUAAUCUACUAUCCUAAAUUUGUGGUGCUCUCUUAAGGUAUUAAUAAUACAUCACACUAAACAUUAUAAGCUUGGUAUAUAAUAUAAGCACUAUUAUCUCAUUUUUCAGUUAAAGAAAGAAGGAUUCAAAGGGCUUAAGUGUUAAGUAGUAUUUGAGGCAAGUUUCAAAGGUCUUGGAGGCCUUCCUACCUCCAAGUCCAGUGGGUCUAGUCGCUGUACUUGGACUAAAUCAUAGUCUUUGGCGAGGAGGACUUCUUGUGUGAGUUCACAAGUGUGAAGGAUAUAUAUAUAUAUAUAUACACACACACACACACACACACACACACAAUAAAUCUGGACCUCCAUUAGCCCACAAUAGUAUUCUCUCAGUUAAGUGUAAAUCUAUUAUUUUUGCAUUACUUUCAUAUCUAAACACAUCUGCUACUCUACCCAUUGAGCCAUCUCUUAUAAUAAAGAAUUAAAGAGAAAGAGAAAACAAUCAGACCACCAACAAAGCCUGACAGCAUAUUCAUCAUCCGAUACCCAAAACUAAGUGGCAGAGUGGAUAGAGGGGGUCAGAACAAACUGGAUGUAAAUAUUGUCUUGUAUACUUACUAACUGUAUGAUCCUAGGCAAGUCAUUUAACCUCUGUCUCAGUUUCCUCAUCUGUAAAA